UCUGAUGUGUGGAGUUAAAUCGGCGGUCCGCCACGAGACUGUCGGUUAAGGCAACGAAGUGAGUUGGUUGAAGGGCAGUUGGGGUGGAGUUACACCUGGAGAGGAGAGGGAGCCAUUGGGUUGCUGUGAGCUCUGUAUGAAGAAGCGCUGCAGACCUCCUCCUGACGCUACAACGAUUUUGCAGCUCAAAAUUGGACAGAGCGCAACACUCACGCGCGACUACUCCAAAGAAUAUUAAAGCCAUUCGUCAAUCCACCGCUGAAUGACGGCCGCUCCGCGCCGUGUCGCUCACGAGGGUUGUUCGACCAUACUUCACCACGCUGGACAAUGGGUGCGAAAAUGAGCAAGAAGAGGAAGGGGCGAGGCGAUACGGACGAGGCCAAGAGCCAGACGGAGCAGGCGGAGCAGGCGGGCAACGCGGAGGGCGCAGUCGAGGAGACCCGGAGCCAGGACGCGGGCGAGGCUGGAGGCCCCGAUGAGACCGCGGGCAGUGAGGCCACGGACGACGCAACGGGCGGAGCGGUCGCCCUCGAGGCCGACGGAGGCUCUCGUCGGGCAGCUCAGACGGCCGCAGGAUCGCCCAGCGAGGACGCGGACCCUGAAGCGGGAGCCGAGGGAGAGGCCGCGUCACCGGAGGUGGACCCCGAGGCUCGGUCAACGCAGACAAAACCGGCGGGAGACGUGGCCGAGAGAGCCGCGGCCGCGGAGACGGCGGCAGCGAAGGAGCUCGGAGCGAUGCCGGGGAACGAGAGCGACGAGCGGGCGGGAGCAGCCAGGCGGUUCGCCCGCGGAGUCGGCAGUCGUCCGAGCAGAAGCCGGGCUCCGGGCGGCCCGCCGGCGACGAGAGGGUCGCACCGGAGCGGGCGGGCGGGGGAGGGAUGCCGACCGAACCCUGGCGAGGCAGCCGCAGCUGCUGCAGCCAAGAGCCCCGAGUCCCGCGGUGGCGACGCGGGGCACGGGGCGGCUACUCGAGCGCCGGGCAAGGAAGGCGCCGCUACCGCAGCGGGGUCACCGCCGGGGGUCGAGACGCGACCGCAACACGCGGGUCUGGCCGUGUCCCCAGGCUCCGGCAAGCCGCCACAGAUCGCACCCAGCUCGAGCUCCGGAUCCGACGCGGGGACUUUCGCCGUGAAAUUGGAAUCAAAUGCGGAGCGCGUCGAGAAGGAGGUGGAGGAGGUGUGGGUGAGGAGGGAUGCGGUGGAGGCGACGCACGCGGCAGACAAACCCAAACGGAAUUCCCACCACGACGGCGGUGAUUCCACGGCGCCCGAACCCGAUCCGAUUCUCCCGGUCGCGACGGAGGUCAUCAGGAUGGCAAUGGAGCCAACUCCGCCGCAGGGGGUCACCGAGAGCCAGGGUCGGGGCCUCGAGGACAAACGCGCGACGGCGGUGGCAUCGACGGCAGAGGCUGCGAAGACGCCCACGGCGAUCGUAGCACCCUCGACGAAGCGCCACUCCGAAGCGGAUUCCGUCCGGGGCAGUGAAGUCGCAUCGGUGCCGGAGCUCGGCGAGACGGCGACAUCGCCGCGGGCGGACGAUUGCGCACAGACGGCCGCGGCGCAGUUGGCAACUCGGGGGAAUGUUGACGAGGUGGCGGCCAAGCCGGGGCCCCGGGGACCCACUCCGCUGGCGACGGAUGGCGUCGCGGUGUCGCCGGGAACUCCCCACGGCGACGGGGCUUUAGCGGUGCUCGACGAGGGCGUCCCCGCCUCCCCCGGACAGCAGCAGCCGCCCUCCCCCGCGGCCCCCCGAGGAAACGACCACGACCACGGUGGCAGCGGGCAGGCGCCAGCAGCGGCGGCCGUGGCGGAUUCGUCCGCGGAUGCCGCGCGCACGAACGGGGCCUUGGAUAAAGGAGUUUGCGACGACGAUGCGGGAUCUGCAGGCGCCGCCGACCCUGUUAGCGGUGGCGCUAGUGCCAGUGGUGGUGCUGCUGCUGCUGCUGCUGCUGGUAGUGGUGGUGGUGGUACCAAUGGACAUCACCGCUGCGAUGAUGUCAACGGUUAUGGCACCGCCAGCGCCAAUGAUGAUGGUGAUGAUGAUGGAUGGUGGAGGAGGAGGAGGAGGAGUGCGUGGUGAAGGUGGUGCUGUCGCGCCAGCACAAGAAGCCAAAGCCGUCGACGAGACCCAUCCUCAGACGUCACCUCAAGGGGAUCAGGUCGUUGUUGAUGGGCACCCCAAAGCCCCCUCGCGUCGCAAGGGGAACAGAGGAGGAGGAGGCGGGGGAGAAGAUGGGGAAGAUGCUGAAUUUGGGGAGGCGGUCGGAGGAGAUGGGGUGGCCACGGCGGGGAAUUUGAUCGAAUUUUAAGGGGAGCGGUGACUUCUGAGCAGCCUGCUGUUGAAAUUCGAAUGAAAAUGAAAUGACAAGAGACUCUUAAAUGCAACACCAGAGGCGCCAGUGACUGCUCACUACAUCACAACGCUUGCACACGCCACUCUGUGUUUUCAUUCCCUUAUUUAUACAAACUCCCUCCCGUCUCUCUGCGUCUCUUGCCUCUGUAUCCAUCUGCAUGCCGGGUAGUGACACGACAGCCACUUGACAUACGGUAGAAGUAGUAGUAGUGAUAAUAAUACGACUAACGAUCAAUUCCUACCUUUUUACGGGACGUUAAUUGCGUGCUCUAUACCCCCCCACCACCACCCCCUGGACAGCUGCAAAGAUUUCGAUUUAAAGCUUUCGUGACUGCAGGGAUUCAUCUUCUUGGUUCUUUCGGUAAAGUCACGUAGAAGGAAAAUAAUAAAAUGAUAAAAAUAAAACAUAAUAAAAUAAUUCUCACGACGUUUCGGCCACAACAGGUCUGUCGGCCUUCUCGACAGACCUGUUCUCCACCUGAAGACGGCUGCUUGCGUUGUGGCCGAAACGUUGUGAGAAUUAUUUUAUUAUGUUUUAUUUUGAUUACUUUAUUAUUUUCCUUCUACGUGACUUUACCGAAAGAACCAAGAAGCCGCAAAGAUGCCCGUGACUGGACGCACGGGUGGCGUUUGACCACGAAAGAAGUGAAUGGCGAACCGAACGUGAAAUCUCCCUCGUCUGGAGCAAUGCUCUCACGUCUCCGCCAACCAAACACGAGCCCCCAGCGUGCGGCCCUAAGUGUUGUACCGGCAAAGCAGAGACCCAUCGAGAGUCGUGCGCGCAUCUUGCAGUGACGGCGACAGAAAUAAAUGAGCGCGCUCACGUCGCUACCCCACCCCUCCCUCCCCUCUAGUACCCGACCAGUGCGGCCAAGAUGCUUGCAGCGACGUUGGCGGGGCCGUUUAAAAUCGCUGGGCAUCACGUGGCCACGGGCUGCGUGGCCACGUGUUCAGCUACACUCGGGUACUGGGUUCCUUCUUGUCCCUCCUCCCACGACUCCUCCCCUCCUCCUCCUCCUGGUUCAGCACUCCGCCUGGGCUCUUCACGUUUUGCCGGCUACAAUGCCACACGCGGCUACAUCGUAUAGCUCCUUCUCCGAAAGUCCAGUGGCGUGGUUCGCAUGCCCAGAGCCUCCCCGAGACCACAACUCCAAUUCCCAUUCCCUUCUCAGCCCGUCGCCUGCGUGGUCCCCCUCCGACUCACGUGGUGGCAUCGGCGCAGUUGCACCGCCUGUACCCUCCGUAACCUACUCCACUGCUGUAGUCCCAUUCUGUGCUGUAGAUCGGCGAACCCGAUUAGAGGUCGCAUAGUGCGUGACAUUCCGGAGGCUUUAACUACUGUAUACCGUAUAACACUUGUACCGGUUUUAUCUAUCACUUCGUCUGUAGUAGUGCCGCUUUCAAAUGCAAUGUAGUAACGACGCGAAUAACUGGACGGUUCUAUUAAACACUCCUUACGUUA